AAAGCAAAGAAGAAAAUGUCGGGAUGGGACGAAGGAGCAGUUUACUACAACAAUCAGGCUCAAUUCACAGAAGCCUGCGGGGAAGCGGAAGCGGCUGCAGCAUCCUCCACGACGAGCGGCCACUCCGUUCUUCUCAAAUUCAAAGAGUUCAUCAGGAACUUUGAAAAGGAGAAGAACGUUUUCCCGUACAGAGAAAGCCUCGUUAAUAAUCCUAAAUUCCUACUGGUCCAUCUCGAGGACCUUCUCUCCUUCGAUUCCGACCUCCCUUCCCUCCUCCAUUCCGCUCCCUCCGGUUACCUACCUUUGUUUGAGAAGGCAGCUGCGUAG